AUGUCAGUCCCGUUGUCGGAGGAAAACCCCUUUCAAUCCUUGAUUGCCGAGGCAAACGAUGAUUCGGCAAUAAUACAAUCUCGAUACGAGAACCACCGAGUGGCUCGUAAUAGCCAGCAAAGUGCACAAAUUCUAGCCGACAGUUUUCCAGGCUGGUCCCUUGACGGGAUUUUGAAGCGACUUGAUGGCCCUGGGAAGGAAGACGGAUUUGCUGAUCCUCGAAACUGUCUUGUCAUUUGGGCUAGACCAUCGCCUGAAGUUCGCGACAUUAUAUGCUUUAUUCAGAAUGAGUUGAAGAGCAUUUCUCCUUCACUCUGGUUGAUGCCACCUUCAGACCUUCACAUAACUGUCUUGGAAGCCGCUCAUUCCCUGACGGAAGAACAAAUCGAAGAACUUGUUCAGACCCUCCUGUCAUCCAAGGGCGUCACGCCUGCGGAUAUUGCGGCAUAUCCACGAAGCCACCCUACGCGUCUCAUCAAGCCUAUGAUAAGCUUUGAUUCUGCCGCACUAGCGCUCAGCUUUGUUCCGGCUGCUGGCGAGUGCCUAGAAACGGAAUCUAGUAGCGAUAACGAGCACUACACAUACCAUCAUCUUCGCCGUGAUGUAUUUGACAUGGUCCGACAAACCAAGGUCCCUGUUGCUUCGCGUUAUAUUGUUCCCUCCGCACAUCUCACCAUCGCAAGGUUCAUCUCCCAGGACGGGUUUCUAGUCAGGGGAUCAGAUGACAGAGAGACGGUGGAUCAUUCGCGCGUCAAGCUGUUGAUUGAUAAAAUUGAUGAGAUUAACCAGAGGUUGAAAAAUGAGUAUUGGCCCAAGGAGAGUACGGUCAGGGAGGGGGGUGAAUGGAUUGUCGGGCAAGAGGGUCUAAUCAUUCGGAGAGGCCGUCUCUGGUAUGGAGGGGGUGAGGAUGUGUCACUUGACUAG